AUUAUUACACGUAAUUAUCGUCAAGUGAAUGAAAAUCUGUCCUCCUCAUUGCCACGUAAUUUCGUAUAUCUGUCUCUUACGAACUUUGUGCCUAGCCUGCAUCUGGCCUGUUAUAUACAAUUUAUUCAAUGGUACAAUGGUUGAUCCGAAACAUACCUAUACAUACAUCUAUGUAGUAGCUGAUGGUUGCUGAAAUACCUACAUAUUAUUUAUAUCUAUGUAGAUAUAUAUAAGUUUUAUGUAAAGGGGUCGCAGACGAAAAGGGGGAUUAGUUAAUGUCCUGCGUCGUGGGUGAAUAUGUUAGAAUAAUUAUAAACACAAAUAUGUUUUGUUAUUAAACAGAAAUGAAGAUAAAUUUUCAGUUGUAGUGAUUAAGGACAAACUUCGGUAAAUUUUGUCCAAACAGUUGUACUUUUGAAAAUGACAGCUGAAAAAUAUCUGUGUUUUUGCACUGGCGAAUGUUUAUUUACUAAUAAGAGAUAUUGAAGAAUAGACCCUUGCGUUUGUUGUGUGCUUGUCGUAAAAUGACGUAAUUUUCUGAGGUUAAUAGCAGUGAGACCGAGAGAGACUGUUUAGACUUCGAAGCAUAAAACCAUAAUUAUAAAUUACAGGUUAUAGCAAAUUUGUUACCAUGAUACGGUUUUGUAAAUGUUUUCCGAGUGCUUGUUUUCAGACUCCAAUGUAUCGAACGUGUUUCAACAAGUGAUUGUGACAGUGUAACUCAGCAAGUGCUUAACCAGACUGCUUGUGAAAUGAUUAUCCGGCAGCAUUUUAAAAAUGUGUCGGGCCUUCUUUCACAAGCAUGUUUAUAGUUGAUCCUGAUUGUAAUAGAGAAUUUGUUGUUAUCAGUGAAGGAGGUUUCUCGGUAGAAAACACAAUGUCUUCUAAUUCUGAAGUACGAACAUUACCCAAGAAAAGAAAAUAUGACCCAUCUAAAUUGGAGGAGCUUGAUACAAGUGCUUCUUAUGUUCCCGUAUCAGUUCUACAAAAUAUAAGUACUGCAAUACCUCCUCAAGUGAUAGCUGUAGAUUAUUCAUGUGCUGGAAGGCCAGUUGAGGAAGAAAUAAACAUAAAACCCCCCAUUAUUGACCUAAAUGAAUGGGUUAAUUAUCGUGUAUUAGCCAAACAAGGGGACUGGUAUUAUCCUGGUUUUAUUCAACAAGCAAUAGGAAGUGAUCUAAAAGUGCAGUUAGACAAUGAGGGCAAAAUAGUACACUUUACAAAUGUUCUUGCACCAGACUGCUAUGAUGUAAUUGAAGAUGCAUGUCCAUACAUAAAUUUACUUGCGUUAGGGACAAGAGUUUGCGUUCGACAUGAACAAACAAAGUUUGUGGAAGGUGUUGUGUGUACCAUAUUAGAUGGUCAACCUGCUCGUUUUGUAGUAGCUUUAUUAGGUCCUCAACAACGCGAAGUGACUGUUAAAAGAGCUGAUCUUAGAUUAUUAAGGCCUCCAUGGAGAGAUGAUCUAGAAAGUAUAAGAGAUCCUUUACAAUUACUGCCAACUAUUCAACAGAAUGAUUAUUUUCGUUCUUCUGUUAAAUCCCCUCCUCCUCAACUUAGCACUCCAGUUUCCAUUAAUACUCCUCUUUCCAACGGUCGUCAUUACGACGAGUUCUGUGAGAGUGAGGACGAAUUAAGACGUGAAGAUAUUAUGUUUCCAAGUGAUGGUGAUAUUGCCAAAUUAUCAGGCAGUAGCAAAAGAAGUAGUAUGCAAAGUAGGGCUAGUUCAUCUAGCAGUGUAACUCUCAGAUCUCAGCCAACUACUCCUCGUAGUCAGGCUACAACUCCUCAUAAAUAUAAGAAAGGCGAUGUCGUUUCAAAUCCUAAUGGAAUUCGUAAAAAGUUUAAUGGAAAACAGUGGCGUAGACUGUGUGCUAAAGAUGGUUGUGGAAAAGAAUCUCAGAGGAGAGGCUAUUGCUCGAGGCAUCUCAGUUUAAAUGGCAAAUGUCUUAGAAGCAGCGGCCCUUCGUUUCCGAGAUCAAAUAGUAAAGGGGAAGGUGAGGAUACAUCAAGAGAUUCAGAGACAUCUCCCAAUUGUGGUGAAAGAAGAAUUGCUGGUAGAUUUGAUCAAGAUGAAACUGAAGCUGCUAACAUGCUAAUGUCUUUGGGGAGCUCGAGGUCAGCUACACCAGCAUUUUCACCUAAUUGCCAAGGAUCUUCUCCAUUAACCAUGCAGUCCCCUAUUACUGUUGGUUCUAGGCAGAAUAUGUUUAUGCCAAUUAGUAGUCAUUCACAUGGACUAUUAAAAAGAGGCUCUCCAGGCCCUUCUGGUUACAAUAUGCCUGCCCCAUAUCAUCAACCUGUCAUCAGGCCAGAAUUGGUUCGUCCUAACCAAGGUGCUACAAGCGUAAUUAGGAUAUCGCCUAAUCCACGUCAUUGGAAUUCUCCUUCAGUUUCUGAACAAGAAAGCGUCAUCUUGCAGCACGCUUUAACAAAUGUUACUAGUCAGACAAAUGCGGAAAUUGAAAGCUUACAACUUCCUUCUGAUACUUUGUAUUGCGUCGUGCCUCAAAUCCAAGAUAAAAAUUUUGUCAACGUUAAAACUGAAUGUCCAACAGAUGUAGAAAAAUACAACGAAAAUGUCGGUGUACAAUACCAAGCUACAAGUGUUCCAAGACAUGUUAUACAGCAAGAUCACAUUAGACACACUCAGACAAUCCACAUUGCUCCUAAUAGUUGUUUAAACAAUAUAACCCCUAGUGGAGCUGGUGUUUCGCCAGUAAUAGUUCAUCCCACCCAAAUAGUGCCUGUUUUGCCUGCUGCCUCCCAAUCAGUUGUUAAAAGGGUUCUUAAUUCUGCUACUGUUCCAAUUAGUGACAUUCUGCCACAAACAACUGCUAGCCCUGUCAUAAUUAAAACGGAACAGGUUACUGCAAUGAAUUUAAAUCACAAAGAAACAAGUAUACGCCCAAAAACACCUCAGAAUUUUAUUCCUGCCCAUUCAGAGGUAGAAGUGUCUUCAGCAUCAACAUCCGAAUCCCAUUUAAUAAACUUGAACAGCAAUGUAACUUCCCAAAUAGUAUCUCAAACGCCACAACCAGUGACACAGUCUCCAUCUGCCUUUGUUAUACCUUGGCACACGGUUCUACCAAUUUUAACGGUACCAACUAGUUCUUCGUCGCCACCGUUAAGACGUUCUCCGCCAUUGUCUGCACCACCAAUGACGAGUGUCCACUCUCAAGUGCCUGCACCCAUUUCGGAUAUGGGAAUGGGAGACGAUGACGAGGAUCCCGAACCAAUGCCAGUAACAACUGAAGACGAUGACGACGUAUUUGAGCCGGAACCCACUGAUAACGGAACUGUAAACAAUACGAUUUGCGCAAGUAAUAAACGGAGAAGCCAGUCUCUCAGUGCCCUUCAAAGUUCAAGUAAAGAACGUAUUAAAAGACCAAUGAAUGCCUUCAUGAUAUUUUCUAAAAGACACAGAGCUCUUGUUCACCAAAGACACCCAAAUCAAGAUAACCGAACAGUUUCGAAAAUUUUAGGCGAGUGGUGGUAUCAACUAGGUCCCGAAGAAAAAAAGAAAUAUGUGGACUUGGCAUCGGAGGUAAAAGAUGCUCAUUUCAAAACUUAUCCAGAGUGGAAAUGGUGUAAUAAAGAUCGUAGAAAAUCGUCAACUGGUUGUGCUCGUGGCAAACUUAAUUCAACAGGUGAUAUGGGGGAGUCAGGAGAUCCAUCUGCUAGUCCGAGGACUCCCCAUUCUCCUCAGCCGAUGGAGUCAGUACACUCUGCCGGACAAGAAGUGGACAACGGUGAUCAAUCUGAUGAAGACCAAUGUGUCGGGCCUUCUUUCACAAGCAUGUUUAUAGUUGAUCCUGAUUGUAAUAGAGAAUUUGUUGUUAUCAGUGAAGGAGGUUUCUCGGUAGAAAACACAAUGUCUUCUAAUUCUGAAGUACGAACAUUACCCAAGAAAAGAAAAUAUGACCCAUCUAAAUUGGAGGAGCUUGAUACAAGUGCUUCUUAUGUUCCCGUAUCAGUUCUACAAAAUAUAAGUACUGCAAUACCUCCUCAAGUGAUAGCUGUAGAUUAUUCAUGUGCUGGAAGGCCAGUUGAGGAAGAAAUAAACAUAAAACCCCCCAUUAUUGACCUAAAUGAAUGGGUUAAUUAUCGUGUAUUAGCCAAACAAGGGGACUGGUAUUAUCCUGGUUUUAUUCAACAAGCAAUAGGAAGUGAUCUAAAAGUGCAGUUAGACAAUGAGGGCAAAAUAGUACACUUUACAAAUGUUCUUGCACCAGACUGCUAUGAUGUAAUUGAAGAUGCAUGUCCAUACAUAAAUUUACUUGCGUUAGGGACAAGAGUUUGCGUUCGACAUGAACAAACAAAGUUUGUGGAAGGUGUUGUGUGUACCAUAUUAGAUGGUCAACCUGCUCGUUUUGUAGUAGCUUUAUUAGGUCCUCAACAACGCGAAGUGACUGUUAAAAGAGCUGAUCUUAGAUUAUUAAGGCCUCCAUGGAGAGAUGAUCUAGAAAGUAUAAGAGAUCCUUUACAAUUACUGCCAACUAUUCAACAGAAUGAUUAUUUUCGUUCUUCUGUUAAAUCCCCUCCUCCUCAACUUAGCACUCCAGUUUCCAUUAAUACUCCUCUUUCCAACGGUCGUCAUUACGACGAGUUCUGUGAGAGUGAGGACGAAUUAAGACGUGAAGAUAUUAUGUUUCCAAGUGAUGGUGAUAUUGCCAAAUUAUCAGGCAGUAGCAAAAGAAGUAGUAUGCAAAGUAGGGCUAGUUCAUCUAGCAGUGUAACUCUCAGAUCUCAGCCAACUACUCCUCGUAGUCAGGCUACAACUCCUCAUAAAUAUAAGAAAGGCGAUGUCGUUUCAAAUCCUAAUGGAAUUCGUAAAAAGUUUAAUGGAAAACAGUGGCGUAGACUGUGUGCUAAAGAUGGUUGUGGAAAAGAAUCUCAGAGGAGAGGCUAUUGCUCGAGGCAUCUCAGUUUAAAUGGCAAAUGUCUUAGAAGCAGCGGCCCUUCGUUUCCGAGAUCAAAUAGUAAAGGGGAAGGUGAGGAUACAUCAAGAGAUUCAGAGACAUCUCCCAAUUGUGGUGAAAGAAGAAUUGCUGGUAGAUUUGAUCAAGAUGAAACUGAAGCUGCUAACAUGCUAAUGUCUUUGGGGAGCUCGAGGUCAGCUACACCAGCAUUUUCACCUAAUUGCCAAGGAUCUUCUCCAUUAACCAUGCAGUCCCCUAUUACUGUUGGUUCUAGGCAGAAUAUGUUUAUGCCAAUUAGUAGUCAUUCACAUGGACUAUUAAAAAGAGGCUCUCCAGGCCCUUCUGGUUACAAUAUGCCUGCCCCAUAUCAUCAACCUGUCAUCAGGCCAGAAUUGGUUCGUCCUAACCAAGGUGCUACAAGCGUAAUUAGGAUAUCGCCUAAUCCACGUCAUUGGAAUUCUCCUUCAGUUUCUGAACAAGAAAGCGUCAUCUUGCAGCACGCUUUAACAAAUGUUACUAGUCAGACAAAUGCGGAAAUUGAAAGCUUACAACUUCCUUCUGAUACUUUGUAUUGCGUCGUGCCUCAAAUCCAAGAUAAAAAUUUUGUCAACGUUAAAACUGAAUGUCCAACAGAUGUAGAAAAAUACAACGAAAAUGUCGGUGUACAAUACCAAGCUACAAGUGUUCCAAGACAUGUUAUACAGCAAGAUCACAUUAGACACACUCAGACAAUCCACAUUGCUCCUAAUAGUUGUUUAAACAAUAUAACCCCUAGUGGAGCUGGUGUUUCGCCAGUAAUAGUUCAUCCCACCCAAAUAGUGCCUGUUUUGCCUGCUGCCUCCCAAUCAGUUGUUAAAAGGGUUCUUAAUUCUGCUACUGUUCCAAUUAGUGACAUUCUGCCACAAACAACUGCUAGCCCUGUCAUAAUUAAAACGGAACAGGUUACUGCAAUGAAUUUAAAUCACAAAGAAACAAGUAUACGCCCAAAAACACCUCAGAAUUUUAUUCCUGCCCAUUCAGAGGUAGAAGUGUCUUCAGCAUCAACAUCCGAAUCCCAUUUAAUAAACUUGAACAGCAAUGUAACUUCCCAAAUAGUAUCUCAAACGCCACAACCAGUGACACAGUCUCCAUCUGCCUUUGUUAUACCUUGGCACACGGUUCUACCAAUUUUAACGGUACCAACUAGUUCUUCGUCGCCACCGUUAAGACGUUCUCCGCCAUUGUCUGCACCACCAAUGACGAGUGUCCACUCUCAAGUGCCUGCACCCAUUUCGGAUAUGGGAAUGGGAGACGAUGACGAGGAUCCCGAACCAAUGCCAGUAACAACUGAAGACGAUGACGACGUAUUUGAGCCGGAACCCACUGAUAACGGAACUGUAAACAAUACGAUUUGCGCAAGUAAUAAACGGAGAAGCCAGUCUCUCAGUGCCCUUCAAAGUUCAAGUAAAGAACGUAUUAAAAGACCAAUGAAUGCCUUCAUGAUAUUUUCUAAAAGACACAGAGCUCUUGUUCACCAAAGACACCCAAAUCAAGAUAACCGAACAGUUUCGAAAAUUUUAGGCGAGUGGUGGUAUCAACUAGGUCCCGAAGAAAAAAAGAAAUAUGUGGACUUGGCAUCGGAGGUAAAAGAUGCUCAUUUCAAAACUUAUCCAGAGUGGAAAUGGUGUAAUAAAGAUCGUAGAAAAUCGUCAACUGGUUGUGCUCGUGGCAAACUUAAUUCAACAGGUGAUAUGGGGGAGUCAGGAGAUCCAUCUGCUAGUCCGAGGACUCCCCAUUCUCCUCAGCCGAUGGAGUCAGUACACUCUGCCGGACAAGAAGUGGACAACGGUGAUCAAUCUGAUGAAGACCAAAUGGUUAUAUGUGAAGAACAAGAGCAACAAUCAGAAAUUGAUUUGAAAUGUAAAGAGAAAGUAACCGAUUCUGAUUCGGAGUCGCACAGUGAUCUAGAACCCCACAUUGAAAACAGGGUUUUUCCACAGCAACGGUUUAGUCCAAUGUCAAACAAUAAUAAUAAUAACAAUAACAACAACAGUAAUAACAGUGCAGACGUAACAUGCCGGCCAAAACCGAUCAAAGCAAGACUGCCCUCGACCGAUUCUAGCACCAAGUUUAGUCCUGUGACAUCUACUGUACUCAGUUAUCCAUAUCAUUCCCCUGUAAAUCCCACAGGAGUUAGCGGUUUUCAACCUACUGGAGGUGCAUUUAAAACUAUGCCGGUAUCGCCGAAAGUUCUGAAAAAUGAAAUUGUGGACGUACCAGAGAAUUGUUGGCCAGAUUCGUCACCUACCACUGAUCCAUUAGACAUUAAAUGUUCGGACAUUGCCACAUCUCAGUGGAUUCCAGAAGAAUCCAGCAAUUGCUCUACUAAACCUACAACAACUCUAACGAUAUUUAAACAACAAGUAAAACCUGGUGGAAUAAUUCAGGUUUGUGAACGCGGUGGUCAAAGAAAUUCGAUCCAGGGCCAACCUAUGACUCUUACAGUACUUAAUUCGCAAUCUACAGCUUUGUGUUUGCCUAGUCAUACGUCUAGAUCAAGACCCGUGUUCGUUGUCGCUUCUUCCGCAUCAGAUCCGCCUGUUCAGUACGUUUAUAUGCCACAACAGUCUUUUCAAAUACCUGUUUCUGAUGCGAACGGCAGAAGCGUUUCCAUUCAACCGUUACAAAUUAUUUCGAAACCAACAGCAAUACAGUCAGUAAUAGUAAAUCAGUCACAGAACAAGCAAAUCAUUCAAAAUUGUGGCAAUCUUCCAGAAACAUCGUCAAUAUCUGCUCCUAUGUUAAACACCAACAUACCAUACAAUUCAGGUAUUCAAGUUAAAGUUGAAAAUAAACUUCCAAAACCUCUAGAAAAAAUAAAUGUUUCUGUCUCAGAAAUGCCCGUCUCGCCAAGAACGAUAGUUAAUUCUGAAAUUCCCGUCUCUGAAGAAAACACCGAGUUUAAAUUGGCUCCCACUCCAGCCCAAUUGGGGAAAGCACCACUGCAAAGGCGUCAGUCUAUGGCUGCUGUAGCGGUCACAUCGACGACAACAACUAUAACAACAACACUUUCAAUUGAAAGUGUCGAUGAAAAUAAUCAAAACGACUCUUUAAUUUCACCUUCGAUUAAGAAGAAUUUUAUUAAAAAGAGUUUAGAUGAUGGAACAGAUAGGGUACUGGAGCAAGUUAAUUUUGAAGAAAAAUUUUCUUCUUUGCCACAAUUCAAACCUGAAGAGUGCCAGUCUCCAAGUGCAAUUUCGGUACCAUCAAGCCCAAGGGUAUUUUCCAAUUAUAACACGAAAAAGAGACCGCUAACAUCAGGUCAUAGAUUGUCAUUAGAUGAGGAGUCUGAAAUAGAAGCACCUCAAUCUGCUGCUUCUUUAGCUAAACCUCCUAGAAUUGUAGGCAAUACAUUUUUUGGUCCUGAUUUUAAUGUCGAAAAUAUUAAAGAUUUUUCUGACGCUCCGGAAUCUAGUUCCCCACAUACUCCUAAUCCUAGAACUCCAAACCGUGACUCGUCAGAUAAAGGUCACCGAAAACUGUUAGAACAAAGGCGUCUGUUAGUUUUGCAGUUGUUCCAAGAAAAGAAUUCGUUAUUUCCAAGUACUCAAGCUACUUGCACCUUUCAGUCACAGCAUAGCAAUAUUUUUCCGAAUAAGGCAACGUUGCAAUUAAAAAUACGCGAAGUGCGACAAAAAUUAAUGGCUCAAAACUCUGCACCACUCAGUGCAAACAGUAUUAGUAGCCCUUUGACCCCUUCUGAACCAGUGAAAGUAUCGUCUAAUAGUUAAUUGUGCAAUAUUUUACUCGUCUUCCCAAACAGUUGAGUAUGCAUUGUUUUUUACAUUAUUUCAUUCUGCACUUUGGCCGCGUGACAGCGUGUUAUAGGUUCCAUGUGUGGGGUAAAUUUUAACACACUGUACGGUUUUAUUGUAAGUGGUAACUUUUAUUGAAUUUAUUGUUAUGAUUUGUUAAUUUUUAUAGAAUGAUUUUUUAUGUGCUAAGCAAAUCGAUAAUGCUUAAAAUUUAAGUAGAUACUUUUAAUUAAUUUUUAUACUCUCUAUGAUUUUCAUGUUUCAAUAAUAAGAAAUAAGUAGAAAAAGAAAUAAUUAUCGUUCAUGUUUAAUUACUUUGUUUUAUAUAAAAGUAAUUUUAUUCUGCUUGGGUCAAGUAAUGAUAAUGAAAAGAUUUACGUUUUUGUCGGUUUAUUUAAAUGUUGACUUGGUUUUCUGCGAUGUAUUUUACUGUCGUUGUAAUAUUAUAAUAAUACAUCAUAUUA